AUGAUGACCCAAUACAUUUCAAUUUCAUAAACCCAAAAUAUCAUCACCAUCAUAAUUCAUUUGGAGGUUCUACCACCACCACCGUUAGACACGGUGAUCAAUUUUUUACAAGUCCUUAUCCUUCAAAUUUUAAUGACAAUGAUAAUGUCAAUAAUUCGGUUAUUGGUAGUAGUAGUUCAAUCCCAUUUAUUAAUACAAAUAUUACAACUACAAAUGAUUCUCUAAAGAAAAUUCCUCAAAACUUUCGUCGUCAAUCAGAUUCUUCAAUAUCAAAACAAUAUCAACAAAGACGUUCUCCAUCAUCCCCUUCUCCACUCUCUUUACGUGGUUUAAAUGAUCCUAUUAAGGUUCCUACUGAAGAAAAUGUUCUUCAACAAGAAAUGGUACUUGAAAAUCCUUUAUCGCCUUUAUCUCCAUCAUCCACUAUUUUUGAUAGAAGACGUACAAAGUUAUCAUCUGAUGCUACUACUGGUCAUAAAAAUAAUUCUAUUAUUUUUGGUGGUAAUCAAAAUUUGAAAGAAUGGUUAUUGAAAAAACCUAUUCCUGCUAUUCCUAGACCUCAAAGACUUGAUAGUUAUAGGGAAAGUAUUUAA